UUCUCGUAACCGUGGAAGUCGUACAGGACGGUGCGGACGGUGGGGGAGCAGCGGCUCUCACGAUGAGCUUGAAGAAGGCCAGCCGUACCAAGAGUCUGUCGUUAAGCGGAGAUGACUUUCCGCUGCGUCCAGUCGCCGGGACCGGAAAUGUCACGGGCAAACCGAAGGCCACCUUCAGCAUGGUGAAGCGGCCGGAGGAUACGCUCAAGAUAAUGAAGUACAUCGACGAUAACGUGAUCGGGAAAGGUGUCGCAUUUCUGGGACCGUACGGGCGUCGUAAAGUGGUGUAUGCCGAUUAUGCUUCGUCUGGACGUUCGUUGCAGUUUUUAGAAGAUUAUAUAAAUAAGGAAGUUUUGCCGGCAUUUGGUGAUAUCAGCUGCAUAUCAGCCGUUACUGGCCUGCAGUCACAUUUGUAUGACAAUGAAGCCCGAGACCUAGUGCGUGCAGCUGUCGGUGCCAAUGGUGAAGAUGAGAUCGUUUUCUGUGAUAAUCCCGCCGAACGUUUGUGCUAUCUGCUAUCGAAUCCUAAUGUGUGCGACCUUAGCACUUCCCAGUUUCACAACAAUUCUCACAGUGCCAUUAGCAACAUUUCCCUAAGCGCAUUGCACCAACAAUCACUUCAGUUAGGCACCACAGUUAGAAACAAUAGUUUCUCCAAUACUUCCGCCCUAUCGGACAGCGUGGUAGACAUUAGCCAGUCCCAUCAGAGCCUAUCAACAGCGCCACCAGUGCUAUUUGUAAGCACCUCGGAACCGGUAUCUAACCUACGCUCGUGGAUCGAUGCCGGUUGGCAGAUUGAGCGUAUUAUAAAAAAUCAUGAGGGAUUCCUGGAUUUGGUCGAUUUGGAGAAACGGUUGCAGCACUACUCAGAGUCACGUCGAAAGAUGGUAGGUCUGUUUUCCGGUGCGUCCCGGCUGACAGGCAUUCUGGCGGAUGAUGUAGCCACGACGAUUCUGCUACACCAAUACGAUGCACUCUCCAUUUGGGACCAUUCAAUGGCGGCUUCGUGUGCACCGAUCAGCACCAAUCCGAUACUGCCCGGUGCGCAGAAGGAUGCCAUCUUUUUCCACUGCAAUCGGUUGGUCGGUGGUGUGCAGGCGCCGGGUGUGCUAGUCAUUAAGCGUAGACUAAUCGAACACAGUACCUCCUUCCUGACCGACUCGGUCGGGGUUGUCGGUGCCGUACGGGCAGGACUCGUGCUGCAGCUGAAAGAGUCGCUCGGUUCGCAGGCGAUCAUGGGCCGCAUGGAAAAAACGUGCAAGCAAAUGUUGGCUCACGUGCGCACCAUUCCGGAGAUUGCACUGCUCGGACCGCCAUGCACCACGGCAAAGCGUCUUACCACGCUUUGCUUCAUGGUUCGGCAUCCUAGGGGCGCUUUCCUGCACCACCGGUUCGUGGUGGCUGUGCUGAACGAUGUGUUCGGCAUACAGGCAACGGCCGACAAUAUGGUCGGCGAUUCACUCGGCAUCAAUCCCCAGCUGAUGGUAGAGUACGAAAAGCUGCUGAACGAUGAGUCGCUGAGCGCGGGCUGUCUGCAUCCGGGAUAUACGCGUAUCACGUUUCCAUUCUUUAUGCCGGAAGCGGAAGUAGCUUUCAUACUGGAAGCACUUAAAAUGGUGGCUACCGAAGCGUGGAAGCUGCUACCACAGUACGAAGUGGAUGAACGUUCUGGCGAAUGGCGACACCAUUCAAAUUCGCUCGCAAAGGAACGGAAAUGGCUAGGUGCCAUCCGGUACAUUGACGGCAAAAUGUUGUUCUCGGAUCGGCGCAUCUCUGGACCGGGUUCCUUUCCACAAAACUAUUCGGACUGUUUGCAGACGGCAAGAAAUCUGUUUAAUCGGGCACGCAAAAUGGCUCAACGGUCCACCACGGAGGAAAUUGUGCUGAAGCUACCGAAUGUGGCAAUGGAGAAGCUGCGCUGGUACAUGCUGUCCGGGGAAGCGCACGAACUGUUACUAGGUCAUUCACAUAAUGUAAAAAAUACAGUACCCUUCGAUCCUACUAGAAUACCUGAGAAUUCGUCGCUGAUGUUAAUUCAUCGACACCAUAGCCUUUCGGCGCUGGAUAUUAAACGGUUCAAAAGUCGUAGUUUGCCAGCAUCUCCGCUGCAGAUAUCGAAUCGUCGUCAGAACUCAUCCUCUCCCUGUCAAUCGCACAGUCCCACACCGACCUCAUCGCCGCCGAUGGUGAGAUUUUCGGUUGGAGGUGAAGUCACGACGUUACUCAACCCUUCACCAAUUGCAACGGGACAUGUUAGUACUUCAGCCGGAAUUGUCCCAGCUGGAAGUCCCAUCGGACGCGAUAUGAAUGUCAGCCGUAACAGAUGUCACAGUUGGGGAGCAGCCAGCUAUCGCGCACACAUCAGCAGUAGCCGUAACAGUACCGAUCGACAUGACACCAAUCCGGUUAGCACCGGAAGUACAAAUCUCCACACACUAGGACCUCAGACACGGGCAAGCCUUGGGCUGGUAGAACCUCAUCAACAUCUACCAUUCGCCGUACAACAACGCGCCUAUCAAACGCAACAGUCAAUGCCGGCACCGUCAUCACAGCAGCGACCACCGUUACGCCGCCCGCUGUCGGUAGCGGCUACAGCACCGAUUCCGUUCCCUUCGAUGGCGGGCCGACUUCCGAAGCAACGAUCCUGCUCGUGCAGCAGCCAGACCGAUGUUAGCCUGCAGCACAACGAAAGCCCACCACGGCCAGGGACGACGGUGGUGGGUUCGCCGACACCGAGCCUUCCUAAUCUACGGUCGCAUAUGGGAAGCAGCUGUAGCGAAAGUACGGAAGAUAUCCAGGCGUACGUGAAGGAGAUGACGAAAGAGUUGGCGACCGAAAUCAAGUCCGAGAUACGGGAGGUGAUCAGCAAAGUUGAGGACGUUCUUGAGAGUACCGAUAGUAUCGAGAUGAGCAGCUUGGUGAACUUUAAUUCGCUCGGACAAUUAAGCCAUCUACCGGUGGAAAACAAACGCGAUUCCAUAUCAACGAGUGACGUGGUGGACUAUUUGCGCGAGUUUAGCAAAGAGAUGACGAACGAGGUGAAGUCAGAGAUACGAGAUGUUGUAAAUGCGGUGGAUGAAAUCAUUUCACCGGAAGGAUUUCUUAGUUCGCGCAAAAACUCACCCCCGGAUAUAUUGAGCAAAAACAACAACAACAACGGGACUGGAAACCAUCCAUCACAAUCCCAUGCAGCAUUCGGAGGACACAAACUCCUGAUCAAGCAACGGUACAGCGAUAUAACGCCGGAUGCAAAAAUUCAUCGGCCCCGGUCGGCUGACAACGAUCAGGGCAAGCAUCGGUCGGAAUCGUUCCCGAGACCAAGCUCGGCGGCCAGCCCGGAACAUAUGGGCAUGAUGGGGCCACCGUUACACUACGUGAGCGCUAUUGCCAAGAGCUUUGAUCCACGGUCGACCAUGUCCUCGCAGGAUUCCGGCAUCAAUAUGAAUUUUUGCGAUGCAGCGGACGAGAGUAACCGUGUCCGGGUGGGCAGAACGUCCGGCAACGAUAGAAUACGCACAGUCUCGGCCGAUGUGGACAGUUCUAGCAAACCCAUCAUCCCACCCCGUCGACUCAUAUCGGAACCGUCGGGUGGGUCGAUCGUUGAAACAUUGGACGGUAGUAAUACCGCUCCGGUGGUCAGUAACACCGUUGGCAAGAGUCCACUGGCCCGACAGCAACACGUCCUCAACCGUACGCCGUCGGGUGAUAGUGUUCCGAUCGUUCAACCACCGUGCGUAACAUCGGUAACCGGUAGUAGUACCAGCAGCACCACCAUCCAGUGGCACCAGAUGCCGAAGGACAUCUGGAAGCAGGCAGCUGAGGCACUAGACGAGUACCAUAUGCUACAGGAAGGGGAUCGUGUCCUGGUGUGUCUGUCCGGUAGUAGCUCUUCCAUGUGUUUGCUACAUCUCCUGCGUCAGUUUUGCCAAACGCGUCAGCUAAAGGUUGAACUGGCCGCUGUCACGGUGGGUGGUGACUGUGAAGUUGAUCCACGCACUUUAAUGCUGUACCUGAAGGAGCUCGGUGUGACGUACUUCUACGAGCCGCAAGCAUCUACAAAUGAGUCGUUAAGUGAUCAGCUUAUGCGUCACGCGCGAUCCCGGCAAUACAACGUGUUAGCUAUGGCCAGUACGUUAGACAAGUUGGCCGAUCGGUUCCUUUCUUCUUUGUUUUACCGAGGGGAGCUUUGUGCACUGCAAGCCGUACAGCGUUCCAACGAAGCAUCGAAGUCUCUCGAGGGCGAUGUGCGAAUCAUCCGGCCGUUACUGUUUUUGCGGGAAAAAACGUUCGUAGAGUUUGCCACUGCUCAGGGUAUACCGAGCCGAACCACGUGCUUCGCCUCGGGUGCUGACGGUACGGACACGUUACGUGAUUUGCUGCACAAACAGGAGCUGAUGAACCCGCUCGUAUACCACAACAUUCGGAACGCUCUAAGACCGAUCGUUUCACUGCGAACUGAAGCGUCCAAGUCGGCGUACGAAAUGCUUCGAUCAUCCCUAAACACACGGGAGUAAUGGAAG